CGCAGUAAAAAUGUCAGAUCCACAAGCAGGAACAUGAAGAUUGGUUAUGUUGUAAUGUAUUACAGCAUCGUUUAAUUGCCGGCUAUCAUGUGUAAUUUUCUAUCGGCAUUAUUAUCAGCAUCGUUAUCAACCUUGGACUGUAACCCGGAGCGGCGGUAGCAAGUCGCCAGAGUGCAGUAAUGUCGCGCUGUGGAGCGAACUAUUUUAGUACGAAUUGAUUGUGGUGGUCCGCAGGCCGAACCUCGUCUUAUUUAUGCAGUAAGUCCGCUUCUGGUGCGGUCACAAGGUUUUUUUUUAUGGUAUAGUGACGAGUGGUGUCAACACCACUCAAAAAAGCCGCCAAAAUUCCGCGCUCAAUCUACAAUUUCAGUGAUAGUGACAGUGAGAUGAGCUACAAGGACCGCAGCUCACCAAAUCUACUCGAAAGCGGUCUUAAAUCCCUCCUUGGACAUCCCGGACACAACUAUCCUUUAAUUAACGGAAAUAGCAAACCAACUCAUCCUCACGGUCACGGCCACUCUACGAUCAAAGAUUUGGCAGGGAGCAUAUUAGGUGAUGACAAAAAAGACGAUGGAGAACUUUGGAAUAAUGUUGAAGCCCAAACAGCAUUCCUCGGACCUAAUUUAUGGGACAAAACAUAUGAAACCGAUCUUAAAUACGUGGAUUUGGACGAAUUCUUAUCUGAAAAUGGUGUAUCAAUGGAUGGUUUGGGGUCACAUGGCUCACUUGGGCCCUUGGCGAGUUCGCAUCCUGUGCCCAAAAGGGAAAGAUCUCCAAGUCCUAGUGACUGUAUGAGUCCAGAUACCAUUAACCCCUCAUCACCCGCCGAUUCAAUUUUUUCUGAAGCGUUGUCAAUGGCUUCGAGUUGUCGCGACUUCGACCCACGGACAAGAGCAUUUUCAGAUGAGGAGCUGAAACCACAACCCAUCAUCAAAAAAUCCCGUAAACAAUUCGUACCAGAUGACCUUAAAGAUGACAAGUAUUGGGCUCGACGUAGGAAGAAUAAUUUAGCAGCAAAGAGAUCUCGAGACGCCCGCCGAAUGAAAGAAAAUCAAAUCGCUCUCAGGGCAGGAUAUCUCGAAAAAGAGAAUGUUGGUCUCCGUCAAGAACUUGAACGACUGAAAAAAGAAAAUUUGAUGUUACAAAAUAAAUUGGCGAAAUAUGAAGAUGUGUAAUGUUACAGUUUGUAACCAACUCGAAAACUGUUCAGUGAAAAGUGUUCCUUCGAAAGGCGAUCCAACAUUUGUAAAUAAACAUGCACAUUAUGUAGUCAUCAUGUAGUUUUAAGUUCAUUGCUAGUAGAAGAAAAAUUAAGUACAUAAAAUGUUCACUUUGGUCAGGAAAUAUUUAGUCGGGGCAGUAAUAUCAUUACAGCACACUUUUUUGUGAUAUUAAAUAAAUAAUCAAUGUAAAUACGAUAAAGUUUUCAUUAUUCUAUUAUUUUAAAUCAUCUUAAAUCAUUGUUUAAGCUAUAUUCUAUAUUAGAAUUGAGCAAGAAUUGUAUUAAUUCUAAUACAAUCAUUUUUUAUGUUACUAAAUAAGUCCUGACCAAGAAAUACUGCCCCAACAAUGGCAGCUGAUGACCUCUGUUAUAUUUGUAGACUUAUUGUUGAUUGUUUUUAUGUUUAUAUAGUCUAUUUUUUGGUUGAAGUUACUUUAGUCGUACUAUUAAGCAAAAAUAGUAGAAAAAAUGUAGUAUGCUCACAAAUAACAGGAAUAGGAAAGGACGUUUUCACAGGGAUUUAUAGAAGAAACGUAGUGGCGCUUAUCCUUUGAAUGUGCUACAAUUAUUGCAACUUUAAGUUAUUUAUAUGUGUCAUUUUUGGUUCAAAAUUUUGCUGUUGGUAAUUGAUAUAAAGGUUGAUAUUAUCAAGGUUGUAAAAAUUUCAUACAUAAAGUGAUAAAAGAACGUUAUAGGAUGUUACCGUAAUAUUAAGAUUACACAAAUUGUAAAAAUGACUGCAGUUGAACGUUUUACUUGUUCUUCAUUACCAUUAACAACUGCCUUGAUGGCAUGCCUUAUACAAUGAAAUUUUUAACUUUUAUAUGUAUUUGUUGGAAAAAAAAUGUUUCCACUGCAGUGGACUUUUUAUAUAUACGUACUGAAACGAGGAAAAUUUAUUUUAAGUAAAGAAAUUUAUACGUAUUUACAAAAUGUUACUGUUGAAUGUAAAACUACAACAAACUAUUUAUUUAUAAUGAUUUUUACAAUACAAUGCAAAUGUUAAUAAACGGCCUCAACAUGUAAUUUUUAUGAUGCAGCUUAUCUCCGCAAAAGUACAACAUAUAAUGUAAUUUACUAGGAAUAAAAGUGUUCAAAAAUAGAAAUAUCUAAAUAUAACAUCUGUAAUUGCUGUUGUGAGCAUUAAAUUAUGUAAAAUUAUUAGAUCCUUUCAUUCCGAAAUGUAGUCGUGAGAAGGCUAUUUUAAACUACCCACUUUUUUGUAUAAGAUUUUCUUUCCUGUUUUGUUUCUUUUUUGUUCAAAAAUUUUUGCCAAGAAAAUUUUAUACUAGACACUGGGUCGUCUGAAACAACCUCAAUCAAUCAACCAGUUAAUUAAUUAAACAUAUUCAAUACUU